AUGCAACACUGUGAUGUUCAAGCACAAAUGUUGAGGUGCUGCAUGGUGAGAGAACUUAUUGGAAGUACUCCUGAUGCUUUUUUGAUUGAUAUAAAUGGUAAUGAAUUGCGGUUUUCUAUUAGAGAAUUUGCAAUAAUAACUGGUUUGAAGUGUGUUGGUGAUGAAAAUGCUUUUAAAGUUAACCGCAAGGGUAAAAAUAGGAUUUUGGAGAUAUAUUUUGGUGGUUCUAAGAAAAUGCCCUCAAAGGCAGAUUUGAUUGAAUACUUCACGGAUAAAAAUUGGGGCCUCAAUGAUGUUGAUGCCGUUAAGAUUGCUGUCCUCUAUUUCAUUCAUACCUAUAUCUUGUCCAAUGAGAAGAAUACAGUAAAAAUACCAAGGUUACACUUUGAUUUGGUAGAGUCUGGAAGAUACGUGGAUUACCCAUGGGGUAAGAAAACAUUCAAUGAGUUGAUUAAAAGUAUGACUCACAAGAUGACUUCUGAGAAAAAGUUUUAUAGGCUUCAUGGAAUGCCACUUGCUAUGCAAGUUUGGCUUUAUGAGUGUUGUUCAUUUGUUGACGCCACUCUUGCAGUCAAGACGGGCAACAACAUUCCCAGAAUGCUGAAUUGGACGACCAUUGAAAUCAAAGACACAGUUCAAAGACACAGUGUAUCAACUUUAUAUUUCACUGUAGUCUAUGUUGCUUUUCUUGUUGAAAUGCAUAUUUUUGCCAACAUAGUCCCGACGGUCAAUGAGCUUGCUUGUCUUCAAUUGCCCCCACUUGUCAAUGGUGUACCAGAAAGUACCACUGCCCCCGUCCUUGAUGAUGAUGAUUUUGCUUCUACACCACCCCAUAACGACACACAUCAAAAGGGAGUUGUUCAAUCAGAAUCUCCACCGUCUAAGAAACGUAGGCAGAUGUCUGUUGGGACUUCGUCAUCAAAGAAAGCAGAUCUACAACCUGAAACAAUUUCAAUUUCCAACAUUGCUCCCCGUAGGAAGACGACUAUUGUACAAACAAGAAAGUCGGCUUCUCCAAUUGGGAAUGAGCAAGUGCAUGUAAAUACCACAUCUGUCCAGUUCCCGACAUCUACCAAACAAGACGAGUUGUGUCUCAUGAGGCAAGAAAUUGAUGAAUUUAAGAAGUCGGUGAAGGAUGAGUUCAAUGAUUUGCACAAAUUGAUCAAUGACAACUUGACAACGAUUCUUCAAGCUAUUGAAGCAAUUAAAGGGAAUAAGGAUUCUGAAAAGGGUGCUGCCAGAGAAUCUACAUUUCAGCAACAUGAUAAUGGAAUACACAAUAAAUCACCGAUACAAAACGGGAGUUAUACGGCUCAUUUUCCAACAGAGGUAUCUGAUGAGUUGCCUGUAUCAGUCUAUUUCUGUAUCCAAAAUACUUGA